AAACCCCCUCCCCGCAAUUCAAACGUGUUUGGUGGGGGCUACAAGGCAGGUGGGCUCUGUCAAAUAUAAGCUGCUUUCUCAAUUCUCUGUACAGAUCUCAGGAGGGAAGACGUUCAACUAUAAGCCUAAAAAAUAACAAGAAGAUGGCCAUGCUCAAGAUCGCUUUGCUUCUCUUCAUUUGUCUUGAAGGCUUUGCUCUGACUUCAGCUUUUAAUGGUGGUGAUGGUUUGCAGGAUGUUCCACUUGCCAUGGCAGAAAAUGGAGACAUCUGCAAGGAUUGUACCCAAAUAUUUGAACUUCUCGCUGACCUCUUUUCCAAUGCAGACGUCCAGAAAAAGAUCAUGGACGCCAUAGACAAUAUCUGUGACCACCUGCCUGGACCGCCUGGUACUGCCAAGCUCUGCAAAGACGAGGUUCAGAAGAUACUCCCAGUGGCCAUCAACUUCAUCACUGCGGCUGUUAAACCAGCAGAGCUCUGCAAAACCAUUGGCCUCUGUAGCUCCAGCUACAAGCAGGUGAUGCUCCGCUAUUUUGUCAAGGAAGGAUUUCAGGCUCCUGUGACUGAAGAAAAUGGGAAGUCUUCAAAACCAUGCUCCUUCUGCAUCUUUCUUAUCAAGACUUUGGAGGACAUGCUGCCUAAACAAAGGACUGAGGACGCUGUCAUCAAGCUGCUGGAGGAGAUUUGUCACAUUUUGCCCGCCGGCUACCAAGGCCAGUGUGAGAGUGUUAUCAGCAAGUUCAGCAAGACGGUGCUGGACGCCAUCCUGGGCUACGCAACCCCUCAGGCCAUUUGUGCUCUUCUCCACCUGUGUGACGGGCAGGAGGCUUCUGUUGUGGACCCAUGCACUCUGACAACAUACAGGUGCAAAGACAUCAAGACUGCCCUCCAGUGUGGAACUGUGUUCUACUGUCAGAAAUUUGCCUGGAAGCCUCUAAACUCCAACACAAUUUAAAAUGUUAAGGAUGGAUUGAAAAGAGCAAGUCAACAUGGAUAACUCGGAUCUUUCAACCAACAAAUAUUUAAUCGCUUUAAACCUGUGACAUUUUUCUGAUGGGAUUUUUUAACUACUGAUAAGAUAUUUUACUGCAUUUUGUAAAUCUACAUACCGUCUGUGCUGAGUGAAGAAAACAAGGACUGAGUUUGACAAAAGGAAUAUGAAAUUCAGAAAUGAAUGGAAUAUUGAAAAGAUUUGAGCGCAACUGUAGAAUCAGGAACUUAAAUGAUCAUCAUGAAUGUAAGACACAUUUUGCAAUUGUUCUGUAUAAUUCACAAGAAUUUUCUUUAGUUUUUUUUUGUAAUAGCAAUUUACUGUCCUACAGUCUAUAUAAAGUUUCAUGGCCUGCUUUAA